UGCAGAAGCGGACAUAUCGAGGAAUAUACGGUUCUUCUCCGGCGGCAUCCUCGCAAAAUUCUCUCUUUCUCACCAAAAUCCCCCAAAAAUCUAAAUUUUCUUAUCUAGUUUUAUUUAUUUUUUCCUUUCUCUGCGAUACAAAUUGGUUCAUUUGUUUUUUUCUUCAUCCUAUUUCUUCAGUCCUUUUUACCUAUACCUUUCCUUCUUUAGAGCUCUCACACUAUCUACUCUCCCGCGACGGUGUUGAUUUGGGCAACUGUAGAAAUCGAGGGGAGAUCUCAUCAUCUUCUACUGGGAAAGUUCAUUGCUUAUAAAUUAUGUACUGAAAAACCAACAUCAGAAUGGCACAUUUACUUUCAGCUUCUUGUGCUGUAAACCUGCCUCCAGCAAUAAAAACCUAUUUUAGACCACGAAAUAAGCAUACAACAAGCUGUUCAUCGUCGUUUGUAAGCCGUACAUCUCCAAUCUUCUCAUCAUAUAGGAGAACACUUCAAGAACCAAAUUUUGUGUAUGCUACUGCUACUCCUUUAAGCAAAGAGCUCGAACACAUUCCGAAAUCCGGAUCUUCAACAAAUUCAAAUGGCCCAAUAUCCAAACCCAGAAGGGUGAUGGUUAUUGGUGGUGAUGGAUUUUGUGGUUGGGCUACUUCUCUCCACCUUUCAAAUAAAAACUAUGAGGUUGCUGUAGUUGAUAGUCUAGUCCGUCGAUUAUUUGAUCAUCAGCUUGGUAUCGACUCUCUUACCCCAAUAUCUUCCAUACAAAAUCGAAUCCGUCGAUGGAAAGCGCUUACUGGCAAAACUAUGCAGUUAUACAUUGGUGACAUUUGUGAUUUUGAAUUCCUCUCUGAAGCUUUUAAAUCUUUUGAGCCUGAUGUGGUUGUGCACUUUGGUGAGCAAAGAUCUGCACCAUAUUCCAUGAUAGAUCGAUCAAGAGCAGUGUUCACACAGCAUAACAAUGUAAUUGGAACUCUAAAUGUUCUCUUUGCCAUCAAAGAGUUCAGUGAGGAAUGCCACCUUGUGAAACUUGGGACUAUGGGGGAAUAUGGUACUCCAAAUAUUGAUAUUGAAGAAGGUUAUUUAACAAUCACCCACAAUGGAAGAACCGAUACUUUGCCUUAUCCUAAACAAGCAAGCUCUUUUUAUCACCUGAGCAAGGUUCAUGAUUCACAUAACAUAGCAUUUACAUGUAAGGCAUGGGGAAUCAGAGCUACAGACUUGAACCAAGGUGUGGUUUAUGGAGUAAGGACUGAUGAAACUACACUGCAUGAGGAGCUCUGCAAUAGAUUUGACUAUGAUGGUGUGUUUGGAACAGCUUUGAAUAGGUUUUGUGUUCAAGCUGCUGUCGGGCACCCACUUACUGUUUAUGGCAAGGGUGGUCAAACUCGUGGUUACUUAGAUAUAAGAGACACAGUUCAGUGUGUAGAACUUGCUAUUGCAAAUCCAGCCAAACCUGGCGAAUUCCGAGUCUUCAAUCAAUUCACGGAGCAGUUCUCUGUCAAUGAUCUUGCAGGUCUUGUAACCAAAGCUGGCAAGAAGCUUGGCCUUGAAGUGCAGACUAUUUCUGUGCCAAAUCCUCGAGUUGAAGCUGAAGAACACUACUACAAUGCUAAACACAGAAAGCUUAUUGAAUUAGGACUCAAGCCACACGUUCUCUCUGAUUCUCUUUUAGAUUCUUUGCUUAAUGUUGCAAUCCAGUUCAAGGAUAGAGUUGAUCAUUCACAAAUAAUGCCAAAUAUUUCAUGGAAGAAGAUAGGAGUAAAGCCUAGAACAGCUCCAGUUCAGUUAUGAUGAAGGGGAAGGUAUUAGCAAAUGUAAUAAAGUAGUAUGAUGUCAAUAUUAUAAAAGUUGACAUUUUGUAUGCCAUAUUUCUUAACUUAAGAUGUCUGGAAUGUGUUUCAACUGUUCUUGUACUGAGAUCAGGAUAUAGAACUUGUGCUUUCACCUCCAACUAUAUUUUUAAGUGAGAAAUGAACUUUCUUCUGUCAAA